AUGUCUACCUCAACACAGUCGAGCGUUGCGACCGACGUCGACAGCAAUGGCGAUAACGAGUUGCCGAAAAUCGAGGCGCUGUUCCUGAUCCGCUUCGACAAGAAAGUCGGGUACACAAUCGCUUGGAAACGCACAACGACGGACAUUGAGCUGGAGAAUGCAGUAGAAUACAAGUCGCUGCCCUCGGGUCUUCACGCGCAAGCGUCCGACCUCGUCUACUUUACACACGAGGGUUAUGCUGGGCUCAGCGCAUUCGCACGGGGGGAGGCAGGGUCGGAAGAGCGCAAUGCCAACUUCGUCUCUGUUGGCGUAUUGGCGCGGCGGGAUGGUAUACUGGGCAGGACGUGGGGUGCGGCAGGACGGCUGGAAAGCAUAGCGAGGACGAUUGCGGAGGACGAGGGGGUUGCGCCGCUGGAAGAGUUCUGGGAGGAGCAGACGGCACAUGCAAGACAGCACGACAACACCAAGGGACACAGCCGGGCGCGCGCCAUAUCGACAGUCUCGGCAGUCACAAAAGACGACGAGCGGUUACCGGCAUAUCAUCCGGCACUCUCGAUGCUGAAAUAUCUCGAUGUCCUCGGCCCAUUGGUGUUUAGGCUUCAACAAGCAGCGCUCCUGCGCAAGCGGAUCCUCUUCGUUGGCGGCCCGCCUGUGCGCGCCAUGUGCGAGUUUGUCUACAUCCUCUCCAUUCUCUCAAGCCUCUCCGCACGCGACUCAGAACUGCUGCUCCCCGGUGCCGAAGCCCUCCUACGCCUCCCCUCCCUCUUCUCUGUCGGCGUUCACGACAUCCCCUCUCUCGAGGCCCCAACCACCAGUGGCUGGACAGCCUGCACAACCGACGAGAUCAUAUCCACCAAAGCCAAACUCUACGACGUCAUUGUCGAACUCCCAACCCAACAACGCCGCUGGCCACGCCUCCGCACCUCGUCCGGCACCCUCAUAAAAGCCAGCCAGCGCGACGUCGCGCGCUACAAAAUGCUUCACAAGGAGCUGUUCAAGCACCGCAACGCAUCCGUCGAGCGCUACACCGACGACGACAACGACGACCAACAACCCCUGAUAUCCCGCGCCUCAAUCGACGCCCACCGCGCCGACGACGAGUACAACGACUCCUACGACGACUCCAUGGUCGAGCCGAUUACCUGGUCGCGCCUCGCGUACUCGGGCUUCAUGUGGUGGGCCUCGGCGGGCGAGAAGGACAUCAACAGCACAUCCGAGCGCGACGCGGAUCGCGAGAUCCUCGGCGACUUGUCACACGUGAACAUCGAGACGAGCAUCAUUGCGUACUUCCACCGGCAGACGUCUUCGCUCGUCGCUACGUUGUCGGCGAUUAUCGAAGAGAGUGCUGAGGAGGAGGGAUAUGAGGGGGAGGAUGAGGUUAGUGUUGGCUGGGGCUGGAUGCAUGGAGUGAAGCGGAUCGCGCAUUUUUGA